AGAGCGACAGCGUGCUGCGACUAUGGCACUAUUCCACGUAGCGCGGUACGCAGGCCCGGAGGCUUCCGGAUGGGGGGAUGCAGAGGUAGAGGCGGGUAGCCGGUCACGAGUGCUGCUCUAGCGGCUGCAGAACCGAGCCGGUGAGCGGCAGCAGCAGAAACCGAAGCCUGAACCCGCCGGGGAGGCCGCGGAAGCGGCAGGUAGGCGGCGUCGACGGCCCCGGCGGCGGCGUGGCUGCUCUGUGGCUCAGAGCCCGGAGGCCCCUAGGGCGAAGCGGCAGAAAGCGGACUACAGUGUGCAUGCAGGGAGAGGCGAAGAGUCGCCUGGAGAGCUCAACACCGACUUAGAGGACUCAGGUGAGAAGCCCCCAGAGGAGGCCCCGAGACCCCCUGCUCCAGGGCGUGUGCUGGGGGACUUUGCAAGAAGGAAGACACUGAAGGUCCAGCCUUUCCUGCCAGCAUGGCUGGCAAAGCCAAACUGUGUCAAGAAGAGCGUCACUGAGGAUCUUACUCCUAUCGAAGACAUCCAUGAGGUUCACCCUGACUUGCAGAAGCAGCUGAGGGCUAAUGGCAUCUCUUCCUACUUUCCAGUCCAGGCAGCUGUGAUUCCUGCCCUCUUGGAGAGUGCAGAUAGUGGGUUUCUAGUAGGCAGAGGUGGAUACCAACCUAGUGACCUCUGUGUGUCUGCCCCAAUGGGCAGUGGGAAAACACUGGCAUUUGUUGUCCCUGUGGUACAAGCCCUGCUGCAUCGAGUGGUCUGCCACAUCCAUGCACUGGUUGUGCUUCCUACUAAGGAGCUGGCCCAACAGGUGAGCAAAGUAUUCAACAUCUACACGGAUACCACACCUCUGCGGGUUGCUUUGGUGACUGGACAGAAGUCACUGGCCAAGGAGCAGGAGAGCCUUGUCCAGAAGACGGUAGAUGGUUACCGAUGCCUGGCUGAUAUUGUGGUGGCCACACCUGGCCGCCUGGUGGACCACAUUGACCAGACCCCAGGAUUCAGCCUCCAGCAGCUCCGCUUCCUGAUCAUUGAUGAGGCUGACCGGAUGGUAGACAGCAUGCACCAGUCCUGGCUGCCCAGAGUGGUGGCAGCAGCCUUCUACAGUGCAGGCCCCUCAGGCUCCUGUGCCCUACUCCAGAGGACACAGCCCCAGGCUGUGACUGCUGCCAGCACUUGCUCUCCCCAGAUGCCUCUACAGAAGUUACUGUUCUCAGCCACACUGACCCAGAACCCUGAGAAACUGCAGCGGCUUGGCCUCUACCAGCCAAGGCUUUUUUCCACGAAGCUGGGACACAGUUGCCCUAAAGACACAGUUGAGAUGGAUGGAAAUUUUGGGGGGAAGUACACCUUCCCUGUGGGGCUCACGCACCACUAUGUACCCUGUAAACUCAGCUCGAAGCCACUUAUUGUCUUACACCUGGUCCUUGGGGUGAACUUCUCAAGGGCCCUUUGCUUCACUAACUCUCGAGAGAAUUCCCACAGGCUCUUCCUGUUAACACAAGCUUUUGGGGGUGUGAGUGUGGCUGAAUUCUCCUCCCGCUAUGGACCUGGCCAAAGGAAAAAAAUCUUGAAGCAGUUUGAACAGGGAAAGAUCCAGCUCCUAAUCAGUACAGAUGCUACUGCUCGAGGCAUCGACGUGCAGGGUGUGGAGCUGGUGAUCAACUAUGAUGCCCCCCAGUACCUACGAACUUAUGUGCAUAGGGUUGGGAGAACAGCCUGAGCUGGAAAAACAGGCCAGGCCUUCACACUUCUCCUGAAAGUGCAGGUAAGACCAUGAAAGGAAGUUCCUCCAGAAGCUGGGGUGCCUGAGGUGGCACACCAUGAGAUUCCCAGGGAGCUCCUGCAGCCCCUGGUCCCUCAUUACGAGAUGGCCUUGUCUCAGCUGGAGAAGAUUGUCAAGGAAGAACAAAAGCUGAAGAUGGCCUAGAUGGGAGCAAAAGCCCAGGGGGAACAUCCUGCUGAAAUGAAUGUUGUGUUUAAGCAAAAGAUACGGUUCCUUGGGGUUCCACUAGAAACAACCCUUCUCUGCAAGCACCAUGGUCAUCUUGGACUAGGCAGCCUAGAUGUUGGCUUGGUCCUGAAAAGUAAUGGCCCUUGGUUUGUACUGCUGGGGUCCAACUGUCUUUGGAAGUAAGCUUAGGUAAAGCUGAAGGGUGCCUUCAGGAAUGUGAUGAAAAACUAUGGUCAGCCUUAUGGUGACAGCAGAUUAAAGUGUGCCUAGCAUUAGCAUUUCAUGUCUACAGAGAGACUGUGGUGAGCCUGUCCCAGACAAGUCACUGAAGUCCAGGAAUAGGUUGGUUUAAGAUGUUUCCAUGGCUACUAGCCUUCAAGAUGGUACCCACAUAAGCAUGAAGUAAAUUACAGAAGAGUGCUUGCCUGAACAUAGUCAAAGAGACUGUGCUUUUUGUAAAAAAUUAAAUAAAUAAAAAGAAAGAAAAAUCUAUAGUAUUAAGAUAAACUGUUUUCAUUUAUAUUAAAAAAAUGGAUAACUUGAACUCAUGCCAAUUUCCUGAUAGCUUCAACACACUAAUACCCCUCUAAUUCAGGACACCUAGGCUAGCUCAAGAAAGCAACACAGGCCACUGGCACCAUCCUCAGGCCCUUGCUGACUCUAGGAUUUUGUUCAUGAGAUUAAUUUAGAAUCUGCUAGCAGCUAGUCUGAGAGUCAGACUUCCAUUUUAUUGUUGACAUUACUAAUGCUUUGAACAUCUUAUACAAUGAAAUGAAAUCUCCACUCAUCUCCGCACCCACCUAAGUCCAAAGUUUUUUGUUGUUCUUUUUAAACCUACUGAAUUGAUUUUGUUGUUUACUCAAAAGUGCCUACAAGGGCUCACAGGACAAAGA